AUGUCAACCAAGAAGUCCUCCACCGCCAAGUCCACCACCAAGAAGCCCGCUGUGGCGAAGGCUGUCCCAUCGCAUCCUCCCUGGGUCGAUAUGAUCAAGGAAUGUAUUGCCGCCAACACUGAAGAUGCCCGCAUUGGUGUUUCACGCCCACAAAUCAAGAAGUUCGUGGAAUCGACAUACAAGCUAGAAAUUGGAGCUGCCCAGAACACUCAACUCGCGAAGGCGAUUACGAGUGGCGCCGAGAAGGGCGUCUUCGCCCUCCCCAAAGGUCCUUCAGGACGAGUUAAACUUGCUCCCAAGACCAAACCCGUGGCCGAUGCCUCCGCCAAAGAGAACAAACCUGCCGCUAAGGCAAGGAGCACUGCUACCAAGGCGAAAACCACCAAGUCUGCAGCUGCGAAACCCAAAGCCACUACGAAAACGGCUGCCAAACCAGCUGCUAAGACUGCUGCUGCCCCGAAGAAGACUGCUGCUGCCAAACCUAAGGCCACUGCGACUGCAAAGAAACCUGCAGCGGCGAAACCUGCCGCAAAGAAGGUCCUGGCUGGAAAGCCCAAGGCCUCUACGACCAAGAAGACCACGUCUACCGCUAAGCGGGCGCCAGCAAAGAAGGCUGCUACCGGCACAACAGCCGUCUCGAAGGCUAAGGCCGCCGCAAAGAAAGCCACCCCUGCGAAGAAGGCACCAGCAGCAAAGAAAGAGGUUAAGCCCAAGGCUACCAAGAAACAGGCUGCCGCCAAGUAA